AUGUCAGAUAUCUUACCGCAUCCCCUAUCCUCCCUUCACACCACUCCUCGACGUACCACCGCCCUCUCCUCCCUCCCCCUCGAGAUCAUCACGCAGAUCGCCCUCCACCUAGACGCUCCCUCUGCCGUCUCCCUAUCGCGCGUCUCCCGUAUCUUUCACGGUCCGACCGAGAGGCCGAUCUGGCGGAAUAUCGACUUAUCCGUCGCCGAGAGGCCUCUUCUCCAGCCCAUUCCGUCACGCGAUAGGGGCGCUCUGGACGUCAGAUGCAGAGGGGAUACCUCUAGCACAUCCGAAGCCGAGCAAGAUCGCUGGGUGCUGCAGCGGCAGAAGAUCAAGAGCAUCAUGGCGCAAGGCGACGCGAGGACAUGGGACCUCGUCGAAACCCUCAGGAUCGCCCCUCAACCAAGAAGCUCCCACCUCUCGUUAGCCUUCCUCGAUCUCGUAGGUCCAGGCCUGUGCGAGCUGGUCAUAGAAGCACCGCUCGGACCGGAGUUAGAUGGGGGCGACUUGACAGCUUAUCACGGACCCCUUUCGGUCAAGCUGCUCGACGCCUGCUUCUUUACGCCGCAUCUCGCCUAUCUUCGGAUCACGGAGAUCUCGUCGCGCGUAACGCAACUCAUCAGUACACUCCUCAUGAUGGCCUCCUCUCUGCUCUCACUCGAUGUGGAGGUCUUGCCGCUUCCUACACAAACUACCCAAGUCGACAAGGACACUCUCCAAUUACCGCCGGAGUUCAUUCAUGCCAAAUUGCAGAGGCUCCGGAUCGCCUCCCAACGCGGAAUCACCUGGGGACAAACGGACAGGUACGACUCCUACACGGCUAUCCAUGAGAUCAUCCAAUAUCUACCUUGCAUCCGGCAGCUUUCGCUGACAUGCGAAUCAGAGCGCUGCUAUCCAAAAGACGACGAGUACUGCGACGUGUUCGCGUACCUCAUGGCGAAGGAUGAGGAUCCUCCGCGCGAGAUGCUGCGGGACUUGUACUGGGGCCAUCACCCAUGUGCUUUCGGCAAAUCGUUGGAUUUUGGCUACCUGCCCAUCCUCCCAAACAUGCACUCCAUAUACCUCCCAAUUGCGACCACCGCUACUUCCCUCCCAUCCCUCCCCUCAUCCCGUCUUUCCGGUGGCGCAUCCGACAACCAUCCUGUGCGACAGAUGAUGCCCCAAUUUGCCGCUACGCUCCGCGAAAGCCCCCACCUGCGCUACAUCCGGUCCAGCACCGGCGUCAAGCACGACGACACCGAUUUCUUCGACCGGCUAGACAGGCUCGCCCUGGCGGGCGACAACGAUAUCAUCGGAGUCGUAUCCUCCAUUCGCUACGGGGAACAAGAGGUGCUUCAUGCCGAGCUACUCCUACCCUUUGCGCAGAUCGAAGCGCCGGCAGCAGGUCCGGUGUUUACCAAGACUACCGCGGCGAUCCACUACAUCUCCGAGGACGGCACGGAGCGCGCAGCCUAUUUCGAGGCUCUGCCGCAGCCUGCUGAAAGUCAAUAUAGCGACUUCGAAGGCGAGGCGGUCCCAGUCGAGGUCAUUGCUGAGAUUUAUCGGGUGGAGGGGCUGGAGUGGCCACGUGAUUCUGGCAGGGGGGUUGAGGUCGGAGAGGCGGCCUGGGAGGUCCUACUGGACUGGCAGCUGCUCCAGGACUUGCAGAAAGCGACGGCGUGGACGGAGAGGAGGCAGGGCGACGGUGUGAAGACUUAG